UGUCCYGUACCGGYUGUCCGACUGGCGACUACUCCGACUGUAGGUGUUAAGUAAUUAUAGUUACCUAUCAUAAUUCAUAGGUAGGUCCCUGGUAACCAUUAUUGUUCUGUGCGACCAUACCUAUGUACUUCGAGGAAGUCGCACACUUCAGUCUGUACUCACCACUUACAAAUUUUUCAAAAAUAUUUUAAUGCAGAAUAUAUAUUUCAUAUAUUCUGUGAUUCUAACUUAUUACGUAAUUAGUUGAUGUUAUUCACUUAAUAUAUAUUGCAAAACUCAUCAAAAAUAUUUAUUUUGUAUUACCUUUAUAUAAUUUAAUAUUAUAUACCCCAUGUUAGGUGGAUUGAUGAGUUAAUAUUGAAAAUUUAAGUUUGAUGAACUUUAUUUGUCAAUCACUACGUCAUUAYAAAAAAUAUAUUUAUAUUCAAUCAAACAAAACUAUUAUGAACACAUUAUCGCCACCAGAUGAAGUACGAGAACUAAAAAUUGUUGAAGAAUGAUCAAAACUGAAUUUAAAAUGUACACGAAAAGAUGACAAUAAUGGAGGCUACAUCUGACCUUGUGUUCAAUUAUGUGUUUAGGCGAGUUAUUUAUUUUAAUUCCAAUUGCAAAGAUUUAAUCAUUAGAACUUUAAAAUUAAUAAGGGAUGAAAUAUUGAAAACCAAUACCCGUGAUACAUUUGAAUGUAUUGUCUAUACAGAUUCUUUUGGAAUCUUUUGUAAUAAUGAAAAUAUUAUCAAUCAGAUUGAACGGUUUUUAGUUAGUAAAUUACCGGAUAAUACACUUAUAUACCCACAUUAUACAGUAAAUGCAGUAAAUUUUGAAGAUAUUAAGAGGUUUCAAACACAUACAAAUUUACCUCUUGGUCGGUGUAUUAAAGAGGCAAUACAGGUAAUUAAAGAAAGUAUUGACAAAUUUACAUUUAAAAAUAUAUUUUUGAGCUUUAAUGGUGGAAAAGAUUGUGUCGUAUUAUUGUACUUAUUUCAAGCUGUGCUUGAAGAAUUAAAAUUAAAUGGACAAAUCAAAGCUGUUUAUUUUCAAUCAGAUGACCAAUUUUCUGAAGAAGAAGACUAUGUACAAUCUACAGUUAAUAGGUUUAAUUUAGAUUUAACAGUAAUCAAAGGUGAACUUAAAUCUGGCCUUAGUGACUUUUUGAAAGAGAAUCCUCAGUUUUGUGCGUCUAUCAUAGGUACAAGACAAUCAGAUACGGGUUCUACAAAACUUCAGUUCUUUCAAGAAACUGAUCCAGGGUGGCCUAUAUUGAUGCGAGUACAACCUUUAUUGCACUGGAAUUAUAGUAAUAUUUGGUCAUUUUUGAGACAAUUCUCUAUACCAUAUUGUUGCUUGUAUGAUAAAGGAUAUACAUCUCUCGGUAAUAAGUCAAAAAGUCACCCCAAUCCAAAUUUAAAAUAUAUAGAUGAAAAUACUGGAGAAGUUAAAUAUUGGCCAGCAUUUUUGCUACAAGAUAGCAACUCAGAACGACAAAAUAGAUUGUAACAUGUUAGAAGUAUUACAUUUUUAUUUAAUUGGGUGAAGGUGUACAAUUAGCUUAAAAAAUAAUUAAACCGAAUUGUUUUUUU